AUGUCAAUCGCAAGUAGACUCCCCGUCUAUGUAUCUGGAAAUACAAACGAAAAAAGUAUUGGCAUUUACCAAUACACCUUUGACACUAAUACUGGUGCUUUGACAUCUAAAGGCCUGGCUAUUGAGUCUGUUAAUCCAACUUACUUGACUGUAGACAAGGCAGGAAGAAAUAUGUAUGCUGUCAACGAAGUUGAUGAGUAUAAAGGUCAGAAAUCUGGCUAUGUGUCUGCUUAUACUCGUGACAAGAAGACAGGUAAACUAAAAUUGGUUAAUGAGCAAUCUUCUGGCGCACAAGGCCCUUGCUAUGCUUCAACCGACGCUACUGGUAGCCAUGUGUUUGUUGCUAACUAUAAUGGUGGAUCUGCUUCUCUCUUCCCUGUUAAAAAUUCUGGAUCCUCAAAGUCUAAUUUAGGUGAGAUUUCCUCUCAAAUCGUUCAUAGCAAAUAUUUCAAUGCUACAUUUGGUGUUCCAGACCGUCAAGAAAAGCCCCAUGUUCAUUCAAUUGACUUGGAUCCUGUUUCUCAGAAGUAUGCAUUCUCCAAUGAUUUAGGUUGUGAUUUGCUUGUCACUUAUAACUUUGAUCAUCAAAAUCCUGGCUCCCUUGCUAUCCAUUCUACCUUUAAGUUCCCUAACGGCACUGGUCCCCGUCACCUCAAGUUCUCACCUAAGAACAAUAAGUUUGCUUAUGUUAUUAGUGAAUUGUCGAACGAGGUCUUCUUGCUUACGUUUGAUUAUCAAAAGGGUACAUUUAAGAUGCUUCAACAAAUUGAUACACUUCCCAAGGAUUUUACAGGUUCAAACACUGCCGCAGAAAUUGAUAUUACGCCUAAUGGCAAGUUCAUGUAUGCCUCUAUGCGUGGCUAUGAUGCAAUCACGAUCUUUGAAAUUGAUGAAUGGAGUGGCAAACUCUCUCUGGUAGGUUACCAACCUACAGGUGGUAAGCAUCCUCGUCAUUUCACUCUUGAUCCCACUGGUAAUUUCUUGUUGGUCGGAAACAGGGAUACUAACAACGUUGUUGUCUUCAAAAUCAACCAAAAGACAGGUAAUUUGACACAAAUCUCAAGUGUAUCUCAUGUGCAACCUACAUGCGUUCGAUUCUGGGACUAG